GGCGGAAGUGCUGGGGGAGCAGCAGCUGAGAGCAGCAGAUCCUCCUGCAGGUCGCCCCGAUGGAUUGCUACACGGCCAACUGGGAUCCCCUGGGGGAAUCCGCCUAUUACCGCAAACUGGAACUUUAUAGCAUGAGCUGGAACUUGAAAGAAGACUUACGGGAUUAUUUGGUGGCUGCAGCCCCGUAUGGGGGUCCCAUCGCCCUGAUGAAAAACAAGAAGGAGAAAUCUCCUAGCUCCCGGCCUGUUCUAGAGAUCUACUCUGCCUCGGGAAUCCAGCUGGCCAGCGUUGUGUGGAAGGAUUCCCCGGCCAUGUUCCUGGGCUGGACCACCAGCGAGGAGCUGCUCAGCGUCCAAGAGAACGGAAUCGUCCUCCUUCACAGCCUGUUUGGCGAAUUCAAGAAAAAAGUCACCAUGACCAACGACGUGAUGCAGGAACGUGUGCUGGAGGCCAGGGCAUUUUACACGGCCUACGGCACCGGCUUGGCUAUUCUGUCGGCCCUUCAACACCGGUUCAGCUUGGCCAACAACAUCUACGACAUGAAACUGCGGAAGCUCCCCGUCGUGCCAGGUCUUCAAGCCCCCCCCUCCUGCUGGACGGUCCUUUGUCAAAACAGGGUCACCAACAUUCUCCUUGCGGUCGGACAAGAAUUGUACCUCCUGGAUGACGCAGCCUACAACCCAGUGACCCUGCCUGGGCUCAGCCCGCACGCCGGCUCCUUCCUCAGGAUGGCCGUGUCGUUCAACCACCGGUUUUUGGCGCUCUUCACCGACACCGGCUACGUCUGGAUGGGCCGGUCGAACUUAAAGGAAAAAAUGGCUGAAUUCACUUCCGACUACCGAUCCCCUCCCAAGCAGAUGGCCUGGUGUACGCGACAACACAGCCGGCAGCAUGCCGUUGUGAUGGCCUGGGACCGGUGCCUUGUGGUUGCUGGAAGCGACCAGCAAAGCAUUCAAUACCCUCUGAGUGAGGAUUCGCACCUGGUCCCAGAACUGGACGGGGUGCGCAUUUUCUCUCGCUCCACCCACGAAUUCCUGCACGAGAUCCCAGAGGCCAGCGAGGAGAUCUUCAAAAUCGCCUCCAUGUCGCCCGGGGCCUUGCUGCUUGAAGCGCAGAAAGAAUAUGAGAAAGAAAGCCAGAAGGCGGAUGAAUACCUGCGUGAAAUCAAGGACCAGAAACUGCUUCCCGAGGCAGUGGAGCAGUGCAUUAAAGCCGCCAGCUACGAACAUUCCCCGCCCAUCCAGAAAGCUCUGCUCCAGGCUGCCUCUUUUGGAAAAUGCUUCAUCGACAAAUUUGCGCCGGAAAACUUUGUCGAAACCUGCCGAGAUCUGCGGGUGCUUAAUGCCGUCCGAGAUUACCAGAUCGGGAUCCCUCUCAGCUACGAUCAAUAUAAACAGCUGACGAAGGAGGUUUUGCUGGAUAGGGUGGUUUUAAGAAGACUGUAUCCAAUCGCCAUCAAGAUUUGCGAGUACCUCCGUCUCUCCGAAUUCCAAGGGAUAAGCCGGAUUUUGGCCCACUGGGCCUGUUACAAGGUUCAACAGAGAGACAAAUCAGAUGAAGAAUUGGCCCAAGUCAUCAACCAGAAACUCGGCGACGCCGUGGGCAUUUCGUAUUCGGACAUCGCGACCCAGGCUUACGAGAGCAACCGGCCCGAACUGGCUAUUAAGCUGCUGGAAUAUGAACCCCGACCGGGGAAGCAGGUGCCUCUUUUACUGACCAUGAAUAGAAGCCAGCUGGCAUUGAGCAGAGCCAUCGAGAGUGGGGACAGCGACCUGGUUUACACCGUUAUCUCGCGGCUGAAGGACGAACUCAGCCGGGGCGAUUUCUUCAUGGCUUUGCAGAACCAGCCCGUGGCGUUGAGUCUCUAUCGUCAGUUCUGCAAACAUAAGGAGCCCAACACUCUCAAAGAUCUCUACAAUCAAGACGACAACCACCAAGAGCUGGGCAACUUCCACGUCCGUAGCAGCUACGUCAGCGAGAAGUGGAUCGAGGGGCGUGUGGCCAGUCUGCAGAAUGCGGUCGACGAGUACUACAAAGCCAAGAAUGAGUUCGCAGCCAAGGCUACUGAAGAUCAGAUCAAGCUGUUGCGCCAACAGCGUCGCUUCCAGGAUGACUUCGACAAACCCUACGUGGACCUUCCUCUGCACGACACCGUCUACAACCUCAUUCUGGACGGGAAGCACAAGUUAGCCGAGCAUCUUUACCGGGACUUCCGGAUCCCUGAUAAACGGUUCUGGUGGCUGAAGAUCAGCGCCUUGGCGGAACAAGGGGCCUGGGAAGAUCUAGAGAAGUUCUCCAAAUCCAAAAAGUCACCUAUCGGCUACCUGCCCUUUGCAGAGAUCAGCAUGAAGUACAACAACCCGAGCGAAGCCAAGAAGUACGCCGCCCGCGUCACCCCCGAACAGAAAGUGAAGGCUUUCCUCUUGGUGGGGGACUUCAGCCAGGCUGCCGAAGCCGCCAUGGAGCGCAAGAACGAAGCGGAAAUGGUUCUCGUCCUCUCCAAAUGUACCAACCCCACGGUGGCGGCUAAACUGGAGCAGGCAAAAGCUCAACUGGGAAAGAAAUGAGCCUUCCCACCAUCACUGGCGACUUCUACCUGCCCCCUCCUGGGGGUGGGGGGCAAAAAAUGGACUCUUCGGCUCCGGCCCGGUUCUGGAAGCAGCUUUGCAGCCUCCAGGAGUUUUGGAUUACAGUCCCCAUCUUCCCCAGCCCAGGACGGGAGCCCUCUAACCCAUGCGCCCGGACGGAGAGCCCACCAAGUUGAGGAAGGAAUUGAAAUAGGAGACUGGACUCGUUAAUGGGAUGUCCUGAAUGUUGGGGUGCUGUUUUUUGGGAGAGUAAAUGAGGGGAAAAAACCCCGCACACAUCCCCUUCUCUUUCCUUCCUUUUUUCCUUUCUCAACCCUCCCUUUCCGCCGUCUUAACUUUUCUUGGCUCUUAAAGUCUUAACUUUUCUUGGCUCUUCUGCCUUGCAGGCUGCACGUCUACCUUCCUUCGAUAGGAUAGGCUCCUCUAGCUUCAACCCUCACCCCUUCCAGAAAAAUCUCUCCUUGGUGCCCCAUCCGUUUGGGACAGCAAAGCAAGCAGGUGUGGGAAACGGGUGACUGGUUGUUGUUUUUUUUGGUCCGGUUGGACAUCCACCUGGCAUUUUAAAAAAGCAGCCCAUUAAUUCAACCGGUUUGCUUCGCUUUGCUUUUAAAAAAAAAGUGGUAGGAAUUUGCAACGUGGGAGAAAUAAUUUUUUUUAAAAAAUUACUUGUUUUCUUGGGAUUUGUUCCAGGGGUGAAAUCCAGCAGGUUCUGGAGAACCGGUAGCGGAAAUUUUCAGUGGUUUGGAGAACCAGCAAAUACCACCUCUGGCUGGCCCCAGAGUGGGGUGGGAAUGGGGAUUUUGCAGCAUCCUUCCCCUGGAGUGGGGAGGGAAUGGGGAUUUUGCAGCAUCCUUCCCCUGGAGUGGGGUGGGAAUGGAGAUUUUGCAGUAUCCUUCCCCUGGAGUGGGGUGGGAAAUGGAGAUUUUGCAGCAUCCUUUCCCUGGAGUGGGGUGGGAAUGGAGAUUUUGCAGCAUCCUUCCCCUGGAGUGGGGUGGGAAAUGGAGAUUUUGCAGCAUCCUUCCCCUGGAGUGGGGUGGGAAUGGAGAUUUUGCAGCAUCCUUCCCCUGGAGUGGGGUGGGAAAUGGAGAUUUUGCAGCAUCCUUCCCCUGGAGUGGGGUGGGAAUGGAGAUUUUGCAGCAUCCUUCCCCUGGAGUGGGGUGGGAAAUGGAGAUUUUGCAGCAUCCUUCCCCUGGAGUGGGGUGGGAAAUGGAGAUUUUGCAGCAUCCUUCCCCUGGAGUGGGGUGGGAAUGGAGAUUUUACAAUAUCCUUCCCCUGGAGUGAGGUGGGAAUGGAGAUUUUGCAGUAUCCUUUCCCUGCCACACCACCAAGCCACGCCCACCAAGCCACGCCACGCCCACCAAGCCACGCCCACAUAACCAGGAGUAAAAAAAAUUGGAUUUCAUCACUGGUUUGUUGCUUAUUCCAUCAUCAUCUGUCCCAAACUCUUUUGGGGGGGUGUUAAAAUCCAAUUGGGGGGCCUUUUGGGGCCGUUUCUUUGUCUUCCUGCAUCCAAUCAUAAUAAUAAUAAUAAAAAUAUUUUAAUUUGUAUACCGCCCUUCUCCCGAAGAACUCAGGGCGGUGAACAGCCAUAUAAGAACAACAAUCAAAAAAACACAAUACAAAUAAAACGAUAGCUAAAAAACUUUAUUAAAUUUGGCCCAAAAUUUAAAAUACAUUUUAAAACCCAAAAAACUAAUUAAAAAUGAUCAAUCAUUGAGCUGAAAGGUUUGACAUUGGAGAGGUUCUUGGUUAUCGUCCUCCGCCUGCCCCAAAUUUCUGAGCGGCCCCCAGAACGUUUUCGUUUUCAGUGAAAGGCAGAGAUUAAAAGUUUUCUUUGAAAUGA